UAUAUAUAUGCUGUCACAGUCUGACGAAACAUUUUGACAAGUAUCAGAAUCUCGGGUAGAUUCCAUUCUCUCUCGUUGCACACUCGCACACUCUUUUGCUGCUUUGCUUAACUCACCGCAUUCAAUCAAAUCGCCGCCAUACCAAAAAUGGUAAACCGUCGGAACACGGUGGUUGCUAUCAGAGACGACGACGAUGUGCCGAUUUCGCGUGUUACACGCGCCUCGCGUAACGGUGGCGGAGAAGAGAAAUUGAAUCAGCGGAAACGGAAGAAAAUGAAACUGGAGGAAGACGAAGAAGAGGAAAGGGAAAAGGAAAAGCCGAAGGUGAAGGAGGAAGAGGAGAGAGGGAGAGGGAAGAGAACGAAAAAGCCGAAGAAAGUUGAUGAAGAAGAGGAGGACCGGGUUGAAGAAGCGGAGGCGGUAAAGGAAGAGGAGCAGUUGGAUGAUGCGAAGCCGAUUGGUGAGGUUGUUCAGGUUACUGGAAAAGGCAAAGGAAAAGGAAAAGGAAAUCAUUACGAGUCGUUUGAGCAUGAUGGAAAUGACUAUGAACUUGAGGAUCCUGUGCUCUUGCUUCCAGAAGGAAAAAAUCAAAAACCUUAUGUGGCGAUUAUCAAGGAUAUUAAUCAGACUAAGGAUGGCAACAUGAUGGUCACUGUACAGUGGUUUUACCGUCCUGAGGAAGCAAUGAAUAGAGCUGGUGGAAAUUGGCAAUCACGAGACACGAGGGAAUUGUUCUAUAGUUUUCACCGAGAUGAGGUCCCAGCGGAGUCGGUCAUGCAAAAGUGUGUGGUGCACUUUGUACCGUUAAACAAGCAGAUUCCAAAAAGGAAAGAGCAUCCUGGUUUCUUUGUUCAGAAGGUAUAUGACACUGAACAGAUGAGGCUUUUUAAGUUAACUGAUAAGGACUAUGAAGAUAGCAAACAGCAUGAGAUUGAUCUGCUUGUUCAGAAGACUAUAGCACGAGUUGGGCAUCUUCCUGACCUUGAAACUGAGGAUAAUUCUGCAGCUCCUGUUAGUCAGGAGGAUCAGUUGAAGAGUAAACGAUUUUUGAGGAAGAAGAACAUGAUGUCUUUGGAUGUCACCAGAGACGAUGAGGCACCAUCUAGAUCUGGUCAGCCAACAGCAGAAACUCCAGGCAGUUGUGCCAAUAAUGCUUCAGAAUACUUCAUCAUCCUUUCAAACUUCAAAGUCCUAACAGGUGAAAUACAGCGUGAUAAAUGGCUGGAAAAACUGUUGCAAUCAAUUCAGUAUUUCUGCAACCCUGUGGAUAAUGUUAAAAAUGAUGGUAAAGAAAAAGGGGGCUCAGAUGCUGCUGAUCUUACUGGUAACACAGAUUCUGCAGAACACGUUAAUGAGUCUCUAGACAACAGUGCUGAUGGUGAUGUGUUCCCAUGGCCAGACAGUGUUGUCCCUGCUGUAGUUUCUCUAGAGAAAGCUGCACAUGAGGCCCUCUCAUCUGAUUUUCAGAAGUACAAUCAGAAGAUGAGGCAGUUAACGUUCAAUCUUAAGAACACCUCACUCUUAGCACGCCGUCUUCUGAAAGGGGAGUUGGAUCCCUCUCAGAUACUGAACAUGUCCCCAAAUGAGCUAAAGGAAGCACUAACAGCAGAAGAAUUAGCAAGCAGGGAGCCCGAGGAGCCAGAGCCCAUACAGAUGACUGAUGCUCGUUGCAAAAGAUGCGCAGAGAAAAAAGUGCGGCUCAUGGAGAUUAUUCAGGCUGGGAAUGGAGAUCGUUACUCGCUGGAGUGUGUUGCUUGUGGCAAUACUUGGUAUGCUUCUAGGGACGAAGCUGCUAGCCUCACAAUUGGGACAAAUUUGGCAGAGAGUGUUUGAGCAGAACCAUUGGCCACUGCCAAGUUCGAAGAUGUCGAGAAGAACUUAACGAGUCCACGAAGAGCUGAUAAAGGAGCUAGUGACAUUCUAAAGAAAACAACUGAAGCUUACAUGCCGGUUCUAUAUAGCCAGAAAUCAUUUCAUAAGACCAAGCCUUCAGUCAACGCUACUACUAGCAAUACCGACUGAAUCGUCUGCUAGUUUCUCAGUCCAUUUUAGACACAACCAUCUCCGAUAAGUAAUAGAUAGCACACAUAGAUACAGUUCUUCGUACUCUUUACUGGGUUCCUGCUGGGAUAGAUAUAUGGGGUAGUUGAAAAAAUCAUAGUCUGGAUAGAAACUCUCAAUAGUGAAGGGUGCGACAACUUGGUAUGGUGUUCGCUUUCUUAAUAUUAUACAAUCUGCACAGUUGUAAAAGGUAGGCUGAGGUUGAUGGGUAUAAUUUUAUGUAGUUUUGCAUUAUUAUUUUGUUUCCCCUACCAAAAUGUGAGGUGAUUUAUGUUUUGAAGUGGAGCGUUGGAGUAACCGGUAAUGUUGCCUCCAUGUGAUCAGGAGAUCACGGGUUCAGCCUUGGAAACAACCUCGGGUAGAAAUGCAAGGUAAGGCUGCGUACAAUACACCCUUGUGUGUGUUACACGUGAUAUCGGCAUUUCAUCCUCGUCGUCGCUUACAGCUACCACUGCAUGCCGCCGAUUUCCCAUAUUUUGUUUGCUACAAGUGUACCAUCCGGUUUCAUGUUUCAUUACGGCCUUGAUGUACUAUUCUCUAUCUUGAGCCAGGGGUCUAUCGGAAACAACCUCUCUACUUCUGCGGAGGUAGUGGUAUGGACUGCAUACAUCUUAUCCUCCCCAGACCUCACUUUGUGGGAAUACACUGGGACUGUUGUUGUUGUUGUUGUUUGUUUGCUACAAGUGUAGAGUGAAAUUAGAGAACAAGGAAUCUACCGGAGGUUCUGCUAUUUGACAAAAUGUUUCACAAUACUAGGGCACAAUAUAUAUACCAAGACAUUUUUAUGGGGGGUUUGGUAAACCGGAUGGUAUAAGCGGGGAUAUUUCAUGAUUUGGGAUAUAGUGAUUUCACUAUUUUAAUCUCAAGAUUACAAUGUUGUAAUUAUAGUCUCGAGAUUGAUUAAUAACUCAAAUCAAAUAUGGAUAAAGUUUAUCUCAAUUUGUCGUGACAUUAUUUUUCUUGUGUCACAUAUCAAACGAUCACUUAAAUCCAAAAAUAUAAAUUCUCUAUUUAUAGAUUUCAAGUUUUGGCUUUAGAAUUUAUGGUUAGACGAGAAUUUAGUUCGGAUAAUUCAAAACUGAGAUUAACUUUAUCCAUAUAUGUUUUGAGUUAUUAAUCAAUCUCGAGACUAUUAUUACAAAAUUUUAAUCUCGAGACUAAAAUAGUGAAAUCACUAUAGUCCAAAUCAUGUAAUAUCCCCGCUUGUACUAUCCGGUUUACCAAACAACCCAUAAAAAUGUCUUGGUAUAUAUAGUGUCCUAGUCUUGUGAAACAUACACCCUUGUGGUGGGGCCCUUCCUCGGACCCUGCGCAUAGUGGGAGCUUUAGUGCACCGAGCUGCCCUUUUUUAGUUUUUGUGAAACAUUUUGUCAAACAGCAAAACCUCCAGUAGAUUCCUUGUUCUCUCAUUUCAUUCUACCCUAGUAACAAACAAAAAAUGGAAAACCGGCGGCACGCGGAGGUAGAUGUAAGCGACAACGAGGACGAAAUGCCGAUAUCACAUGUAACACAUGCCUCCAGCGACAACGACAGAGAAGAGAAAGCGAAUCAAUGGAAAUGUAAGAAAAUGAAACUCGACGAAGACUGAGAGGAAAAUCCACCGAAGGAGGAGGGAAGAGGGUGAAGAUGAUGGAGGAAGCAAAAUUGAUUGACGUUUACUGCUCUUUUUAGUGUAUUGUAGCUGAAUUAGGGUUUGAAAUGUGAUUAGACAUCUGAUUUGUAUUUUGUAUUGAAAAUGUGAUGCCUUUGAAUUGUGAGAAAAAGUUUUCUUGUGGAACCCAAAGGUAUGUGGUCUAGUGGUCAAUAAAGUGGGUUGAGAACCUGAGGUCUUAGGUCCAAAUCCUUGUUGAGAGAAAAAACACUAGGUGAUUCUUCAGGGGCCUAGGCGGACAGAGUUAUCUCAUGUCUAUUGCCGCCAUAGCAAUAAUGGGAAACCGUCGGAGCACUGGACGACAACGAACUGCUGAUAUCGCGUGUUACACGCGCCUCCAAUAACGGUGAAGAAAAAGCGAAUCAACGGAAACAAAA